GCUUCCAUAUUGCAAUUAUUUCAACUGGAUAUGAGCUAUUGCACUUAUUGGCUGGGGCACGGCACCGGCUGCCUCCGCUCCCAUUGGCUGCCUGGACACCUCUGUGCUGCCUCCCAUUGGCUGCCUGGAGGAGAGUGGGAGGAGAGCUCACCCCCAUCCUUCCCCUGUGGCAGAGCGUGUAAAUGUAAAGACUCUUUCUCUGCCUAUUAUCUGAGUGACUCUGCCUCCGAGCGUGUGUGUGUGUGUGAGUGUGUGUAUGUUGGAGGGAGAAAAGAGAUAAAGAGAGAGAGUAAGGGAGGGAGAGGCAAGCAGCGUCUCUUCUCCCCCCUUUAGCCUCCCCGUCUCCCUGCUCCUUGUCACUCCAUCCUUCCUCCCCUCUCCUGGACCACCCUCCAGCCCUGCCUCGAGCCAGACCGAGACCCCCUACCACCCAGACCACCCCGGGACCCUUUGACUCUCCUCACUUCUCCGUCCCACCAACCGUAACAUCUGAGCAGGAAUUCCUCUCCUCUCCUCUCCUCUCCUCCCUCUGGAGUGCCAUCUGUCUGACAACAACUCAACUGCUCAGUAUCUGCUGAAUCCACUACCACAGUUCAGCUGAUCUUAAUACACUUCUGCUGGCCAGGGGCAGCAAAGUGUAUCAGCCACACAUCCAGUCUCCCCAUUCUGCUGGAUGGCUGCCAGCCACAGGUCACAUGACCUGGACGAAAAAACCUAGGAGACUUUUGGGAUCCCUCUUCGCUGAAGGGAAGUCCCAAGGCUGAUGAACUGAUCUGUGUCUGAGUGAGACCACAUUUCUCUGGUGUCCUAUAUGCCCUGAGAACACCCAGCACAACCCUGGUGACUGGCUGGCUGGAAUACCAACCAUCCCACUCCUUCUCCUUCUGAGGACAUCCCAUUCCAGGACGGUGCUUUUGUCUCACUUCCCCCAAGCAUGGAGCCCACCAAAGUUCAGUCAGAGGGUGGCCUCAAUGUCACCCUGACCAUCCGCCUCCUCAUGCAUGGAAAAGAGGUUGGAAGUAUAAUUGGAAAGAAAGGGGAAACGGUAAAAAAGAUGCGAGAAGAGAGCGGAGCGAGAAUCAAUAUUUCUGAGGGCAACUGUCCAGAGAGGAUUGUCACCAUCACUGGACCAACAGACACCAUCUUCAAGGCUUUUGCUAUGAUUGCCUACAAAUUCGAGGAGGACAUAAUAAAUUCCAUGAGCAACAGCCCAGCAACCAGCAAGCCCCCAGUCACCUUAAGGCUUGUAGUGCCAGCCAGCCAGUGUGGCUCCCUCAUAGGAAAAGGAGGCUCCAAAAUAAAAGAAAUGAGAGAGUCCACAGGGGCCCAGGUUCAGGUGGCUGGGGACAUGCUGCCCAACUCCACAGAACGCGCAGUGACAAUCUCCGGGACCCCAGAAGCCAUCAUCCAGUGUGUCAAACAGAUCUGUGUGGUCAUGCUGGAGUCUCCACCAAAAGGUGCCACCAUCCCCUAUCGCCCAAAGCCUGCCUCCACCCCAGUCAUUUUUUCCGGUGGCCAGGCCUACACAAUUCAGGGACAAUAUGCCAUACCACACCCAGAUUUGACCAAGCUCCACCAGUUGGCUAUGCAGCAAACCCCCUUUACCCCUCUCGGACAGACCACCCCUGCUUUCCCUGGUUUGGAUGCCAGUCCACCAGCCAGCACGCAUGAACUCACCAUUCCUAAUGAUCUAAUAGGCUGCAUUAUUGGACGUCAGGGAACCAAAAUAAAUGAAAUUCGACAGAUGUCUGGGGCACAGAUCAAAAUUGCCAACGCCAUGGAGGGCUCAUCAGAGCGCCAGAUCACCAUCACAGGGACCCCUGCUAACAUCAGCCUGGCCCAGUAUCUCAUCAAUGCCAGGUUCAGGGACGUGGCUGCCAUGUGGAGUGACCCCUCGUCCAUGACUACAUCCUGAAGUAACCCCAAAUCUGGUUCUGUUUGCAGAAGCUAACAUCAAAUCCACCAUCUCACAAUUAACCUCAAUGUGUUGUCCCAUGGAACUUCCCCCAGACUCUCUUGGUUUUGCAUCAAGUGUUAGCCUGUGGGACACCUGUAGUAAAAUUCAGACUAACAACGCCGGGAUUUGUUUUUAAAUUGAUGUAGCCAGUGUAUUGUUAAAGGAAUAGUUUGACAUUUUGUGAAGUGCAGUUGUUCUUAUUUGCUUAGAGUUACAAAAGAAGAUCUUUCAUCUCUGUCCUUUAAACAUUAAGCUGGAUCCAGGAGAUGGUUAGCUUAGCACAGAAAAGGCUGGAAACAAUGGGAAGCAGCUAACUUGGCUCUACCCAGAGGUAACAAAUCUGUUUACCAGCACUUUUAAAGCUCACCAACUAAAGAUAUAAUAUGAAGCAUUUCCUCAUCAAAAUGUCUAAAAACAACUAGAUCUUUGUUAUGUAUUAUGUCACACUUACAUUAUCACAGAAGUUUCCAACAACGUUCAAACCCAGAUAAAAGCAGCUUUUGUUGCUAGUGACAGACCUCAAGUUGCAGAAACUGCAUACUGUGCAUGAAAGAAUCUCAGGUUGACAACAAGACCCCAGGAAUUCACUGUUUCAAAUUCUACGUAAUUUGCCACAAAACCCUUGUAAAACCGCAACCUGUCAUUUUUACACUUCUUGUACAUGCAUUUCAAACAACAAGACCUAAAUUGUCAAUAAACAUGCUAUGGAGUGCAUUUUUCUACCUCCAACAUAGGUUUCCCCUUGUUUGUAGUCUUUAUUGUAUGCUAAGCUAAGCUAACUAUCUUAUGGCAUUGAUGUGCAGACGUGUUUCCCAAAAUGUCAUACUAUUUAUUUAAGUAUUUAUUUAGCAUGCCUCAAUCCAAGAAUAAUAUUGUAUUUAGUUUCGUUCUUACCAUAUAAGAUAUAUCUGCCUAUGAAGUCCUAUUGUGUCAGUGUCUGGAAAGAGUAAAAUUAAUUUAAAAAUAUGUCAAAUGAAUAAAAAAAAAAAAAAAAAAAAAAAAAAGACCACACGACUGCCACUUGAGCAAUGCUGUUAGUGAAAAGAAUGAUGUGAUGCCUUUGUCAGGGAUUAUGGCAACUUCUACAUUGGACAUUUCAUGAGACCGCCAUUCUUUUCUGUCCACUGCAUGGCUUCAUGACAGGGUUGGUAGUGCAUGGUUAUGGUACCAUAUUUUAAGGUUAAGAUGUUUUAUGUGAAAAGGGUACAACGAAAAUAUGGUAUCACAAUUGUGUACAAGAAAAGAAAAAGGAAAAUAUGGGUAUGAGCAUAAAAAUGAGCACAAAGACAGCCAUUGCUGCAUAACUUUCACUUUAAAGCGAAAGUUCUCCUUUCACAGCUGUUUUAUUUUCUCUGUCUCCCCCACCUCACUUCCUCCCCUGCUCUUCUUCCUUCUCCCCUGCCUUCCCUGAACUGUUCUAGGCUGACGUCUGAAGUCACUGGAAUGGGCACACUCUAAUUUCUACCCAUCUUCCCUCAGUGCAUCACAUGACCCUUGAACAAAUGGCAUUGCACCUAGUUUGUUUUUUUUUUUAAAUUAUCUCUCUGUAUUUUACUGUCCAGAUAUUUAAGUGACUUUAACUUUUAUAAUUUCUAGUAUUUACUGUAAACAUGUCUAUCUGCACUGUCACUAGGACUCCUCACACGUCCAUUACCUGCCCAGUUGUUUCUGUUUUCUGGAAGGUUGCUUUACUUUUUUGACACUCUAGUACCUUUCAUGGCAUCUCAUGCUCUGCACCGCUUUGUUUUUCCUCACGUUUCAGCACGUCACUCUACUUUUCUUUGGGUUUUUUUUGCACUUUUUUUUCUGCAGGCACCUGAAAGCAAAGCAAACCUAAAGAUUAACAUAAUGAUGUAAAGGUUGUCCCUCCUCCAGCCCACAUUCUGAUACGCUGAUUCUUUCUCUAUUCUUUAUUUAGACUACUACACUACCUGUUCAGUAAAUAACUGCAGUCCAGGUAUUUUAUUCCAGUUUGAUUUACACUCAUUUCAUGAGUAAUCAGUGCUUUACUGUGUGCCUGUAGACAUUUGCCUGUUUCUCUUGGUGUUGUAUGUGCACUAUAGAUUGAUCUGCAUGACACACGGAUCCUACUGCAUCUCCAGUUCAUUUUAAAAUCAGAUAGGUAGAAAAGAAGACCGAGUAGUGAAAGGAGUUGAAACAAGCCAUGAAUAGUAUAUUUAUGACCUCGAUGUAUCACUCCAAUUUCAAAUGACCUCAUGGGUACAGGCCAAUAAACAUCCACUGUAAUGCACAAAUAUCAGUCUUUCUGAGCUCCCGGAGAGAUGUGACUCAAAGGUUGGGUGGAGGAAUGAAAGUAAAGUAAAUGAUGCAGUGAAGAGUGAAAUCCAAAUGCAUGCUAUAAAUAAACCUGACGUUAUUCACCUAUACUCCACAAGCGUAAUCAUGUUAUUCGUGCCGCCAUCUCGUAACAACUAUGUACGUAUAAGAGGCAUGGGGCCAUAUAGAAAGGUCUGACAACUGUCUAGUGUGUAUUUGCACUCACGUGUAGCUCAUUUAAGUUUCUCUGUGUAUGUCAAAAGGGCUGAAAAGCUCCUGGGAGGCAAAACUCUGUUAGUCAAUCAUGUCUGUUUUUCAGCUCCUUCCACAUAUAUGCCUGGUAGGCAACAAGCUAUUCCAGAUAUGGAAAAUGUUUCUGCUUGGCAUGUCUGAAACAUACUUUUUAACGUAUGUAUCUACAGUGAACCAGCCGUUGGUUUUGCAGGUUCUGGCUGCAAAUCAAUCUACAUACAAGCCUUACAUAUACACAUAUGUAUGAAUUUCUCUGAAGCUGCCAUCUAACUCAGUUUCUCCUUGAAUACACCAAGCUGUGUAUUGGUUUUAGCUGUUAGCUUGUCUUACUUCCAAAUGCACAGACCCCCAGCCUGUGUCCGUGUUCAAACUAAAGCUGAAUGUAUUUCAAAAUAUGUUUCGACUGCUAACAUUUACAUGUCAUACUCGAUUAAAACACCUUAAAAGGUGUCUUUUUAAUCAGGCACUUGAUUUAGUAUGACAGAAUAUGGUGCAGAGUGAUAACUAUGAUAUAGAAGAAAUGCUUAUUUAUCGAGAAAGUUUGAAUUUUUUAAGGUGGGGCAGGUUACUCUCAAAAUGAGGUCUGUUUCAGAUAACCCAUUUAAAAUUGCAGUCUAGGGUUUAUUUCGUUAUUUUUCAUGCAAUAUUAUGUAACCUGAUUAUUUUCUUUCAUGAUAAAUAUGAAACAAACAUAAAAAGAAAUCUGCAGCACUCAUUUCAAAAUGUAGGCUAUGAUAUUACAAAUGCGUCAAAUACGUGUCUAUCACUCCAGAGUUAAACCUGACACUCCAUCAGGUAAUCUGAGGUUAAUCUGAUGGCUGUGUAUUACUGAUUGCAGGUACACAUUUUACUCCCAAAGCCUGGAAAUGCAUUACACCAAUGGUAAUUAUAGAAAUAAUGUUUAGGGAAUAUUAUUUGUGCCACUGCUGUUGAGGCUCAGGUACCUGGCUUUUGGUUAGAACUGAUUAUACAGUAGGUUAUGAGCCAGUGAUACCUUAUUGUUGUUGAAACAAGGCUGCUUUACAUUUACACAUUGCUUCACAUUUACAUUACGAAUGUAAGUCUGUAAGUUAGCGCUCGUCUGGCUGCAUCCAGAUAACCAAACUGGUGACUGAGGGCUAACCAGUUUUUAAUGUGCCAUUUCAUCAUCCGCAGCAUCUCAUCAUUGAGUUAGUUUGAUAUAAUCUGUAAAGUGCACAUGAAUGGUUGUGUUUGUUAGGUUUGAGGUGUCUGCUGGUUGUGUGCACGCAGGCCAACUGGCAGGCAGUCAUGCUGCUGUACAGUAUGACCUGUUAGCAAACAUCUCAGUUGUCUUUUUGAUCGUCAUACUUCAUCUGUGUUUCGUCAACAUGUCAUCGCUCAUGUGCUCAUCGUUCUGAAAUGCUGUGGAAGUCAAACACCUCCUGUUGUGUUGCUUUUGACAUUUUACUGACGCGUUAACUCUUUUUGUUUCUGUGCUAGAGCAGCAAAAAAUUAAAGGUUAGCACUGGAUGAUGCUGUUAGAGGGGAUGUGUCAUGUUUCUGUUUGAUCAUUUGCUUCUUGAAGGUGUAUUGGAUUUAUUAUUUAUUGAGGUUGAUUAUGAAAUGUUUUGUAAAAAGAAGAGAAUAAAGUUUGUGUUUUUUCCCUUGA